AGCUGCCGCCCGACGGGCUUCGGCGCCCCCCCGCUCGCCGCGACCCUUCCGCGAGCGCAGCCCGAGCCAUGCUGCUCCUGGCGGUCGCCUUCAUCGUGGCCUUCGUCCUCCUCCUCUACAUGGUCUCGCCGCUCAUCAGCCCCAAGCCCCUCAAGCUGCCCGGCGCUCACGUCGUGGUAACUGGAGGCUCCAGUGGAAUUGGAAAAUGUAUUGCUAUUGAAUGUUAUAAACAAGGUGCUUUCAUAACACUGAUUGCAAGGGAUGAGAACAAGCUGUUGCAGACAAAGAAGGAAAUAGAAAAAUAUUGUGUUAAUGACAAGCAGGUUGUACUUUGUAUUUCUGUUGAUGUAUCUAAAGACUACGAACAGGUGGAGAAUGUUCUAAAACAGGCUCAGGAGAGGCUGGGGCCAGUUGACAUGCUUGUAAACUGUGCAGGAACAUCAGUUACAGGAAAAUUUGAGGAUAUUGAAGUAAAUUCUUUUGAAAGAUUAAUGGCAGUCAAUUAUCUGGGUAGUGUUUACCCGAGUCGAGCAGUAAUCGCUACCAUGAAGGAACGAAGAAUGGGAAGGAUUGUGUUUGUAUCAUCUCAGGCUGGGCAAUUAGGCCUCUUUGGUUAUACAGCUUAUUCUCCAACAAAGUUUGCUCUUCGAGGGUUGGCUGAAGCCCUGCAAAUGGAGGUAAAACAUUAUAAUGUCUACGUAACGGUGGCCUAUCCUCCAGAUACUGACACACCUGGCUUUGCAGAAGAAAGUAAAACAAAGCCCUUAGAGACGAAGCUAAUUUCUGAAACCUCAUCUGUUUGCCAAGCAGAACAAGUCGCCAGAGUUAUAGUCAAAGAUGCUGUACAAGGGAACUUUAACAGCUCAGUUGGAUCAGAUGGUUACAUGCUAUCAAUAUUGACAAGUGGAAUGUCACCAGUCACUUCUAUUACUGAAGGUCUUCAGCAGGUUGUUUGCAUGGGCAUUUUUCGCAUCGUUGGCCUAUUUUACCUAGGAAGUUUUGACAGCAUAGUUCGUCGCUGCAUGAUGCAAAGGGAAAAAUCUGAAAGUGCAGAUAAAACUGAGUAAUCUUUACUUUGACUUGAAAGAAGAAUGUCAAACAGUCCUGGACAGCUUGCUGCUUAAGUGGGACUCAGUUUUUCUCCUGAAGGAUUUAGACUGGAAGUACUUGCUAUGUGAUCGAUGAGUCCCCUUAAAAGCUAUGAAAGAAAACAAAAGUACAACUCCAGAAAAUGCCAAACUAUGCAAAAGUCAGAAUGAGGAUUAGAUUUUUUUUUUUUUUUAUUAUUUGAGUUGGAGCGAAUUUGGGGAACUUGUAAGUGACCUGCAGAGUAGAAUUUGAGAAUGGACUAUGUGUGGUAAUUCUGGACAAAUGCUUAAGUUUUCUCACUUUGGUGCUUAUGGACAAAAUAAGUACCAUGAUGGACUGCGCUGAAGUAGACUGAAGUCCCCCAAACAAGU